ACACGCGCUUUUUCAAGGCUUUUUACCCUUGUUAUCUCGUAUGAUGGCUGAUAAGGUGCUUAUAGUUUAGUUUAGUAGAUAGAUAAACUGCCUGCUUCUUGAAAUGGAGUCUCCGGCUCAUAUUUUCAUCAUUUUCGAGUGAAAUUCAACCUGGUGCUAGUGUGAAUUAGGUACAUCGUUCUGUUUCACUUCAGUUUUACAGUAAAAUAAGUAUGUAGUGUAGCACCAUGCUCCUAAAAUAACUAUAAAACACACAGUGGUCCGUCUAAACAUGGAAUAUACUUUCAAAUACGAAGACUCACUGCAGCGAUGCGAAGCUUUACUCACGAAUAACUUCGCCAAACUGUCCGAUUAUUCAGAUUGUCCAGAACGAGAAAGGGAAUACGUAAUUUUAAAAAAGAAGCUGGACAUUAUUCAAGAAAAUAUUAAAGCAUUGAAAUCGGAGUACGAUGAUCUAACUCAAUUUACUCAAAACAGCCUCUGUUCGAGUUCAUUCGAAGAUCAUUUUACAGAAAAGUUUUUCGACUACUUAGUAAGCCAAGAAGUAUUGAGGCGGAAAUUUAUUGGAAUCAUUAACGACUGUAGAUAUAUCAAUUUACGUUUGGAUGAUUUUCUCUACGACUGUUCUUCUGAAGCGUUGAACGAUGAUAAUUCUAAUCUUUCGAGUACAGUUGAUGAUUUCGAUUCGUAUUCAAUGCCGGAAGUAUACGUGUUAGUGCCGAGACUCGAUUGGGACUAUGAUUUGAGUAGUGAUGUAACCGUAAAGAUAUGCGACUCAACGAUCGUUUUAAAAACCAAAAAAAUUGAAGAUUUGGCUGCUUCAAAUUCAAAACAAAAUGGAACUUCUAAUUCUAAUCUCGGCCAGUCGUUAGUUUGCAACAUUUGCCAUCGGAAUUUCAGUCGCAAACAACACUUGAAAGAUCAUAUGUUUUUGCAUGAUGGUUUAAAACCAUUUGAAUGUGCCGAAUGCGGCAAAUCAUUUGCAACGAAAGACCAUGUGAGGCGCCAUAUACUCACACGACAUUUCCCAUAUCACAGCAGGCCAUACAAGUGCGAUAUUUGCAGCAAACUUUUCUCUUAUCAGGGUCACUUGAACAAUCACAGAAGAAAAUAUCAUUCGUCUUCCGAAUCGUCUAAAAAAGUGGAAGGAUUUAUGUCUGCAAAACAAAGGAAAGUUACAGAUAGUAGCCGGUCACGCGUUUGCCAAAAACAAAAACCAUUUGAAUGUGCCGAAUGCGGAAGAUCAUUUGCAAGGAAAGACUAUGUGAGUUCCCAUAUAUUCAGGCGACAUAUCCCAUAUCAAAGCAGGCCAUACAAGUGCGAUAUUUGCAGCAAACUUUUCUGUUAUCGGAACCACCUGAACUAUCACAGAAAAAUAUAUCAUUCGACUUCCGAAUCAUCUAAAAAAGGAUUUAUGUCUACAAAAUGAAGGAAAGUUACAGUUGUUGAAAGUUGAAACCAUGCCCAAUCUAAACGUUCGAGGGUUUAAGGCUCCUUACAAUUUGAAACGAUAAAAAGUCGAGAAAAAAGUUGACCAAAACGAUCUCUCUUUGCACCGUAGUGCCCACAUCUCAAGAAAACCACAUUGCCACGUCUAAAUAAUUCUCGUCGAAUUGUACGACACGUCUUCGAAGGCCGUGUCGCCCGUAGUACUUUUUACUACAGUUCGCGCCGAAUUGUUGCAAGGGUUUAGAUAUUCCGAUUACACCAGAUACGCUAUGGCAACGAGUCUGCAACCGAAGUCCCGCGAUACCCCGUACGUUAGGUUUCAGCGGAGGUAACUCGGUCUAGCAAGCUGCAGCGCAGGCGUUUGGAAUUGAGAGAUCGGACCACCUUAGCUCGGUUUACAGGAGCACGCCACGACACCCGGUCAUAGUAUAUGUAGUAAAACUCGUAUAUUAUAUAGACGUGAGUAAAUUCAUUUUAAUGAAUAUUUUUUCUCCUUUCUAUUCAAUUUUUUGUGUAGGUAUUUAUUUUUGCCAUAAUUAUGAAUCCAAACUUGUAUGGGUUUUUUUAAAAAAAAAUAUAAAUUACUGCUUUUUA